CCCCGUGAAGCCCUGCCUUCUGAGAUGAGUUAUCAGCCGGAUUACAGGCUGCACGCAGCCAGAGAGAGCUUUAUUCUGUUUCAAUGAGGAAAACAUCGUGUCUGCCUGCCUGAAAGCUGUCACAUGGGGCCGAGGAGGGGGAGAAAAAUCGCUUCCUGAAAUGAUCCUCGCCACUGGCUGAGUAUUGUUUUGUUUUUUCUCUCUCUAACGUAACAUCGCAUCGAGUUUAAUUUCCCGUCCGGAUCUUUUUUUGGUGUCGGUGCCGAUGAUGAUCAGCAAAGUUAAAAACGCGAUGUCCACCUUAGUGGGAGGGAUGAUGCCGCACGGACACCACCACCACCACAACCAUCAUCCAGGUGGCGGCCAGACCUGCGGACCGGACAGCCUGCCGCCGCGCUUCCCCUACGGUCGGCCGGAUUUCUUGGACCUCACCCCGGAGCUCCUGCAGUACUCCACCGAGCACGCAUCACGGCCGGUGCUCACGUUAAAGAGAGACAGCAGGCUUCCCUGGCGGACGGGAUACGCAGAGGUGAUCAAUGCGGGGAAGAGCAUGCUGAACGAGGACCAGGGCUCCUGUGAGAAGCUUUUCGUGAAAAAGCCGAGCGGCAAAAACCGCAACUCCUCUCUGCUGGAGGACAACGGGGAUGGCACUGGAAUCCCUCUCCACUUCUGGGGCGUGUUUGAUGGACAUGCAGGUUCUGGAGCCGCCAUCAUGGCCUCCAAGCUUCUUCACCGCCUCAUCAGAGACCGUUUGGGAGAAAUCUGCCACCUGUUGGAGAACCCCAACAGUGCACCACCUAUCUGCCUGUCCAAGAAUGGCAGCCCGUACCAGCCGGAUACAAAAAAGGGGGCAUCACAGGAAACAGAAAACCCUGAAGCUGUCUCCGACUCCGCAGUUCGCUAUCACAUGGAGAAGGUUGUCAGUUUGGAGAGCCUGGUGAUGGGAGUCAUACAGACCGCCUUCACACAGAUGGAUAACCUAAUUGAAAAGGAAAAAACAUCAUAUGCCAUCUCUGGUGGGUGUUGUGCCUUAGCUGCCAUUCAUUUAAUGGGGAAACUCUACGUAGCCAAUGCCGGAGAUAGCAGGGGCAUAAUCAUACGAAAUAAUGAAGUUAUUCCCAUGACGAAUGAAUUCACACCUGAGUCAGAGAGACAGCGACUACAGUAUCUGGGCUUCCUGAGGCCAGAGCUCCUGGGUAAUGAGUUCACUCACAUUGAGUUUCCUCGUAGGAUCCAGCACAGUGAGCUGGGCAAAAAGAUGCUCUACAGAGACCACUCCAUGACUGGCUGGGCUUAUAAGACAAUUGUUGAAGAUGACCUGAAAUUCCCCCUGAUAUACGGAGAGGGUAAAAAGGCACGUGUCAUGGCAACAAUCGGAGUGACUCGCGGGCUGGGAGAUCAUGACCUGAAGGUGUACAACUCCAACAUUUACAUCAAGCCCUUCCUCUCAUGCGUCCCUGAGGUGACGGUUUAUAAUAUCGAUGAGAACAAACACGGCCCGGACGACGUCUUGGUCAUGGGCACAGAUGGAUUGUGGGACGUAACAACAGACAGGGAAGUGGCAGAUGCUGUGUCAGCGUACUUAUCCUGCUGUGACCCCUCUGAUCCCAUGAGGUACACCCUGGCAGCCCAGGACCUGCUGAUGAGGUCACGUGGCGUGCUGAAAGAGCGCGGCUGGCGGCUUCCCAAUGAAAGACUGGGCUCAGGCGAUGACAUCACUGUGUUUGUCAUCCCGCUGGCGGGGCCGGAGCCAGAGACAUGACACGGUGUUGCAGCGAGCACUAUGACAGGGAUGGGCGCUUUAGGGUUCUUCCCACGAUGCCUCCAAGCUCCUUAAACCCUGGACCGACGGGGCGGCGGGAGAAGAAAACACCUUUGUCAUCAACCCAGACUGCACUUCAACCCAACCCAGGAUCUCAUAUCGGUUCUUCUCAGUCAUGUAACAAAAGAUUUUCAGUGACAUUAUAAGAGAAGUCACACUCUUCCUCCCAGACCUGCUGUUUGUGACGGUUGCCAGUGAGAAUUAAACCUUUGUAGUGUUUUUGUUUCCUGUUUAUGUUUGAGGCUGGACCGCUACUCAAUCCUUUCAAUGGAUUGUUCCUUUUCAUGUCAUGCCCUGAAUGUCCCUUUUUUCGUAAAGAAAGAAAGAAAAAUAAAUAAAAGCCUCCCGCAGUUUCGCAAUCAUAUAUUUUAAAGGGGAUUGCAGUAAAGAAUGUGAGGACGCCAAAGAGAUGCCGAUAUGGCGUGAGGAUGGACAUCUGUAAAAAGAAUACAUAAGAGAUUAACAAAAAAAUCAUUAGCUUCAUGUCUGUACAUUAAAUAAGCAUGUAGGAAGUGAAAACUGAGGAAAGGACAUUGUUCAGCUCUGGACUCGCGACUCGAGUCUGUAUCGCUUCACUUCCUGUUUUAACGAUGAAUGACGAGCGACGACACCUGAGGCACUUGAAGACUGUAGCACAUGCUCUGUGGUAGCCUGUGGAUUUGUGAUAUCUGUUCAUUGAAUGUGCUCAUACGUUUGUUUUAUUUUUGUCUUUUACUUUAAAGAGAACAGAGUGUUACAUUUGCUGAAGGAAAAGUAUAAUUUGUUUAAUUUAACUUCACGUUUUUAUUGUUUUAAAUAAGCCGUCUGUUCUCAGUAAAUGUCUCGGUAUAGUAAGAUGUGAUAAACGUCACACAUAUGCCUUAUUCAGAGAUUUUAUUUUCUUCAGAUGCACUAAAUUUGAUCCUUGUAGACGUGUCAAGGAACAUUAUAGGCCCUUAAAUGUACCGUAUACCUCUUUUGUACCAUUUUUGUUAUGUCAUGUUAUUUAGAUUAUCCAUAUAUUUUUGAAGACAACUUUGGCUGUAUCAGAAGUUUUAUUUUAAGUUUCUAUCCAUUAACUGUUUGUUUAGAGAAACGGUGUGUCCCAGGUAGAGGGAUCAUGUGUACCAGCUUAGAAAUAAAUCAGAUUUUUCCCAUUUG